AUGGCGUCAAAGAAAGAUAUGCGGAGGCUAGACCUCGCCAUCCCCUACAUCGAGCCGCCGAAGGAUAAGAAUGAGGCCGAUAUGUCAGGAGCGAUGUCUAGCACUAUGCCAAUGGCCGCGAUGUUCACUCGGAAUAGGAUGAUUGGAUGGGUUUCUUUCGUCUUCUCUCUCCAGUCGUGGCUCGGAGAAACUCCUGAGCAAAAGAAGUCGGCAGCUACGCCUGCAUACAUGUCCGUCCUGAUGUCUUUAAUGGCGCUCGUCGUUACAUAUUUCCCCAUAUUUAUGCCACCUCCAUCCGCACGAAGCACCGCUGCUGCUCCUUCUCCUUCACCCUCACCUUAA